AUGCUGCUGAACACUGACCACUGCUGGGUCUCCUUGGAAUUUUCCUUCCCAGAGUCUCCUCAAGACAGUGCAAUCACCAGGGACAUUAACAGGACGUUCCCAGCUCAUGACUACUUCAAAGACACAGGAGGAGAUGGCCAAGACUCGCUUUACAAGAUCUGCAAGGCCUACUCUGUUUACGAUGAGGAGAUUGGCUACUGCCAGGGACAGUCUUUUUUGGCUGCUGUGCUGCUCCUGCACAUGCCAGAAGAACAAGCCUUCAGUGUUUUGGUGAAGAUCAUGUUUGAUUAUGGUCUGAGAGACCUUUUCAAGCAGAAUUUUGAAGAUCUGCAUUGCAAGUUCUUCCAACUUGAGAGACUGAUGCAGGAAUGCAUUCCAGAUCUCUACAGCCAUUUCCUGAAUGUGGGUCUGGAGGCACAUAUGUACGCCUCCCAGUGGUUCCUCACCCUCUUCACAGCCAAGUUUCCCCUCUACAUGGUCUUUCAUAUAAUUGACCUACUACUGUGUGAGGGAAUUAGUGUCAUCUUCAAUGUAGCCUUGGCUCUUCUUAAGACUUCAAAAGAUGAUUUAAUCCAAGCAGACUUUGAGGGUGCGCUGAAAUUUUUUCGUGUCCCUGUUCCGAAGAGGUAUCGUUCAGAGGAGAAUGCUAAGAAGCUGAUGGAGCUGGCUUGUAGCAUGAAGAUCAGCCAGAAGAAGUUGAAGAAGUUUGAAAAGGAGUAUCACGCCAUGCGGGAGCAGCAGGAGCAGCAGGAGGCCCCCAUUGAGCGAUACGAGCGGGAGAAUCGUCGUUUGCAAGAGGCCAACAUGCGUCUGGAGCAGGAGAACGACGACUUGGCACAUGAACUGGUUAGCAGCAAGAUAGCUCUACGGAAGGACCUUGACAAUGCCGAGGAAAAGGCAGACGCCCUGAAUAAAGAGUUGCUGCUGACCAAACAGAAACUUGUGGACUCAGAGGACGAGAAGAGGCGGCUGGAGGAGGAAUCUGCCCAG